GUGCCUCCACAGGUCCAUCAGCGCUAGCGACGCUCUGAGGAGGAGAUGGCGGCUAGAGGGGGCUUUCAGUCGGCACCAACCGGAGGAGGCGGCGGUCCGAUGGGUCCAGGGCCUCCAGUGCCGGGUGCUGGACCGGGCAUGGGGCCGGGGACUCCCUCCGGACGGAUGGGACCAGGCGGGCCGGCGCAGAACCACAUGUACCGCUCUCCGAUGCCUGGGCCUGGGUACCCGAGACCAGGCAUGCCCCCUUCCAGCAGAAUGACCCCACAGGGACCAGCCAUGGGGCCUCCAGGAUACGGGGGGAGCCCUGUGUCUCGGCCUGGGAUGCCUGGAGUUAUGGAUCCCUCCCGCAAGAGACCUGCUCCCCAACAGAUACAACAGGUGCAGCAGCAGAGCAGGAACCAGCACACAAAGAAGAAGAAGAUGGCUGAUAAAAUUCUACCUCAGAGGAUUAGGGAACUAGUCCCAGAGUCUCAGGCUUACAUGGAUCUGCUGGCGUUUGAGAGGAAGCUGGAUCAGACCAUCAUGCGCAAAAGACUGGACAUCCAGGAAGCUCUCAAGAGGCCCAUCAAGCAAAAAAGAAAGCUUAGGAUCUUCAUAUCCAACACCUUCAACCCGGCCAAACCUGACGCUGAGGACGGAGAAGGCACUGUUGCCUCCUGGGAGCUGCGAGUUGAGGGACGUCUGCUCGAAGAUUCUGCUGUGUCCAAGUACGAGGCCACCAAACAGAAGAGAAAGUUCUCUUCUUUUUUCAAGUCUCUGGUGAUCGAGUUGGACAAGGAUCUGUACGGUCCAGACAAUCACCUCGUGGAAUGGCACAGGACGGCCACCACCCAGGAGACAGAUGGUUUCCAGGUGAAGCGUCCUGGAGAUGUGGGCGUGCGCUGUACUGUGCUGCUCAUGUUGGACUAUCAGCCCCCUCAGUUCAAACUGGACCCCCGCCUGGCCCGUAUGCUGGGCAUCCACACCCAGACUAGACCCGUCAUCAUCCAGGCUCUGUGGCAGUACGUCAAGACCCACAAGCUACAGGACCCCCACGAGAGGGAGUUCAUCAACUGUGACAAGUAUCUGCAGCAGAUAUUUGAAACUCAGCGGAUGAAGUUCUCAGAGAUCCCACAGCGCCUGCAUGCCCUCCUCAUGCCCCCAGAACCAAUCAUCAUCAAUCAUGUGAUCAGUGUCGACCCAAAUGACCAGAAGAAGACGGCGUGCUAUGACAUUGACGUGGAGGUGGACGACACGCUCAAGACUCAGAUGAACUCUUUCCUGUUGUCCACGGCCAGUCAGCAGGAGAUCGCUGGGCUCGAUAAUAAGAUCCACGAGACGAUUGAGACUAUAAACCAGCUGAAGACGCAGAGGGAGUUCAUGCUGAGUUUUGCUCGAGAUCCUCAGGGCUUCAUCAACGACUGGCUGCAGUCCCAGUGCAGAGACCUCAAGACCAUGACUGAUGUGGUGGGAAACCCCGAAGAGGAGAGAAGAGCAGAGUUUUACUACCAGCCCUGGGCUCAGGAAGCUGUUUGCCGCUACUUUUACUCCAAGGUCCAGCAGAGGAGACAGGAGCUGGAGCAGGCACUUGGCAUCAGGAACACUUAGAGAAAUCUCCACACAAAGAUGGCGUUUCCAGACGAUUCGAGUACAGCCAAUGGGGGAAUGAACUUCGAUUAGACACUAGUUUGUUCAUGUUAAUUGAUUUGAAUGUUUUGGUUGUCAUUCUAUCUUAAAGGCGUAUUCCCCGCUAGAUUUCAACACAUGUAAUUCGUUUGCAUGUUGUAGCCUUAACCCGGAAGCAUUCCUUUAUAAUUGUGAUAUGUUGGGACAAAGUGUAUAGAAAUUACAAGGGCCUAUAUUACACUAUUUUCUGAUCUAUGUUAUAAUGUUGUGUCCUCAUCACAAACAGACCUGGGGUUUUGUUUCGUUUUAUUCACACGUUUAACUCUGCAUAUUUAGGCUGAGUUCUGCUCUCAAGCGGAAAACACUCUGCUCCACUGUGUUUUUAUGCUUUUAUAAACCUUCGCUGGAAUCAUUUGGAUAAUUUCAGACCUGGAAUUGCCGUCUCUACCAUAGAACUGUAAUAAAAUCUGGAAGAUGAAUCCAAGAUGGCACGGUAUUGUUUUCAGUGGUCUGUGCUCAAUGGCGUUUGGGCGCAAAACAAAAUUUUCACUUCCACAUUUACGUGCGUGGAGCUUUUGGACCAAUCAGAGCGAGAGUUGCUAGAGCGGGCUGAGAGUGAGGCUUGCAAAGGUAACUUUUAGGCGCUUUGAGGAUUUAAAAAUGUAUUUAAGUUUACAUUGUGAAAAUAGAAAAGAAUCCCUACAAAAUCCAACCUUUGUGAAAGUUGUCGAGGCUAUGUUAGCUGAACAUGGGCAGUUUGAAUUCCCAAAAAAUGCAUUGUGCUUCUAUGGGAGAAUUUUUUUUUUUCCGGGCCAGGAGCUGCAGUACCUGAAGCGGCCACUAGUCAGUCUCAAACUGGAACAGAGGGGGAGUGCCUUAUUCAGUUUUUAUUAUAGAUCCAUGGUCUCUAUGAACAAAAGGUAAAAAGUUAGCCUGAUUCAUCGUCAGGUUUCACUUCAUAGAAACCGUUUGACUACGCAGCGUUAGAAUUCGUUCACUCGAUGGUAGAUGGAUACUUUUUUUUUUUCAUUUGACCAAUCGCUGCUAUUUGGUCUUGACGUAUGUAAUGCACCGCUGACGGGGCUAACUGUUAUAUUAAGCUUUUCCCAAAUCCCAUAGGAAGAAGGGCAAUAACAUCUUCAGUGAAAUUUACCAAACAUUCUCUUUGUUCUGGCUUUAAAUCCUCGAUCUCUGGAAUCGUUGUCAACACAGAAUGUAUGACUCUUCACUGAUUGGUUGGUGGCCGAACUCGCACUUCGGGAGUUCUUGCAAACCGUCCAUUGUAUUCUGAUUCCUGAACUAGAGAAAUUAAAUUGAGCGGAGGUACUAGGUGGCGCCAGUCUGACUUGUAAAAAGUAGCUGUUGACUUAAACUACCACUUCAUGACAUCACAAGGUGGAACAGAGCAUUUUGAGCUUUGGAAAUGUAGACCAACUUGUAAAGAGUUACUCAAACAUGUGUGAAUGAAACAAAACACAACUCCAGGUCUGUUUUUGGUGAGGUAACAUUAUAACAUGAGACAAUUUGUAUAAUGUAGAACCUUUAAAGUAAUUUGAACAAAACUAUUACAACAUUGCCCUUAAAAUGUAUUGUGAUUGGUUAAAAUGUGUAGUUAUUACAAAUGAAUCCGCUAUUUUAAAAAGCAAAUUAUUCAUAGUAGUGCCAUUUUGUAUUUUUUGUACUUUUGCGUUUAGAAGAAAAAAAAAAAAAAAACUUAACUAAGAUGUCAGUCUUGUUGGUUAGUACAGAUUAUAAAGGAAGUAGUAGUAGUUUCGAGUACCUCUCUAGUCUUUACUAUAUAGUUUUGUAAAUACUGCAACUGCGAAACAUGAAGGUGGACGUGAAGUGAUUUGUAUCUUGUUUUUUUUUUCCUUCGCUUUUGCUUAUUUUAGUAUUCAGUAUUUAUAAUUUUCAACCAAUUUUGAGCACACUGAACUAGCUACGUUUUAAAGAACUGAUUUUCACUGCAGGGAAAGCUAGCAAACUGCAAAGAGUGAAGUAGUUUUAAGCAGUAAAAGCCAUAUAUACGAGCUGCUUCACAUCAUCACUGACUGACUUUUGUUAUUUACAGCCUCUUUAUUUAAUGUUAAGAUAUCAACUGUACUUCUUUCUUUGUGCUUUGAGUUAUGAAUACACUAACACGGUAAAGGGGGAGCUUUUAGGAGCGAGUAGUCAACGCUGGGGCUCUGUGGUGGUAUUUAAAGUGAUCUGCAGACUUUUUCAUGGACCAAACCUAUUUUUCUGUAUGUUAUGUUAUAAAUAAAGGAUAUGUAAAAGUAA